AUGGAGCCAGACGAACCCCUGAGGGGCUUCCGGGCAAGGUGGCAAGCACGCGCAACAGCGUCUGAAGCUAGCCCGAAGCUCGACGGGGACGAUGCAGAUGGUUGGGAAGAAGUUGGGCUGGAGGCCGAAGAGGACCCAGAGCCUGCAGAGCCGGCAGUAGAGGUGAGUGAGAUGGAAGUCCAAGAGAGGUUGGAUGCCAUCAACGUUGGGCUUCAGAGAGCAGUGGAGCAGGUGACCCCAGAGGAGCUGGAGACAUAUUGGAGUGUCCUGCCGCCGGGGGUCAGGGAAUUGGUGUCCAUGAACGGCGAGGUCUCCGCUGACUUCCUGGCUUACGUGGCCGAUACCGAUCAGGAGAGGAUGGACAUUAUGAGGCAGUAUGGCUGCCCGGAGCAUGAGGUGGUUGAAAAGGCCACGGUGCUCGAGGCUUUGCAGCUGACCGCCGAAGAGAAGGUGGCACGGUUGAGGAGGAACAGAAUUGCAAAGCGGGGUGCGCAGAUGGCGGUUGACAUGGCUGCCAAGGCAAAGAUGCACAGGCAAAGAGUGGCAGGUGAGCUCAAAGAGGGCGAGGUGCCGACCAAGACCUGGCUGGAAAAGCACUCAGGGGCAAUUCUGAUGAGAUGUCGGAGAAGGUCGACGGAUGUCGAGCUCGACGCAGAGACGGCCGAGACAGUGAAGAAGCGGGAGCAGCGCCAAUGGGAGGUGGAGGCAGAGAAAGUGGUUGAUGUUUUGGAGGAGAAUGCUGACCUCCCGAUAGUGCGGGGUGCCGGAGACUCCAGAGAUCCCCGGGAGUACCUCAAGGCAGCAGUGGGGGCAUACCGGGCAUCCACACUGAGAAAGAGACUCAGGGAGUGGAAGAAAUUCCUGACAUGGUUGGAGAUCGUCCACCAGGUGAGAUGGCCAUCCCGCAGGGCCCAUGCAAUCGACUACUUGGUGGAGCUGAGGUUGUCAGAAGCACCACCGACGGUGCCCCAAUCCUUCGGGACGACCCUGGCUUUCUUUGAGAGGGCCGCAGGCAUCGGACCAGGAGCAGCAAUCUCCUCAGAUGUGGCCUUCAGAAGAGCGUUGGACAUGACCAACAAAGAGAUGGAGCAGAGGAAGCCAGAGAAGAAGCAGGCACCGCUGCUACCGUUGAAGGUGAUAGCGGCCAUGGAGAUGCUGGUGGUGAGCCCGUCCAACGGAACCUUUGUGCGGUUCUCGGCAUGGUGCAAGCUGGUCAAGAUAUGGACGGCCAGUAGAACAGAUGACCUCCAAGGGAUAUCUCUGAAGACCAUGAAGUUCACCAAGGCAGGGCUCUUUGGCAUCUUCUGGAAAACGAAGGUUUCGGGGCCCGGGAAGAAGAACAAGAUCCUCCCCUUUAUGGUCAGCCGGAGGGUGAGCAUCACGGGCUUGCCGUGGUUGGAGACGGGGAUGCGUAUCUUGGAGGACAGGUACUGGUACCCAAGGGACUACCUGGUACCGGUGUUCCCUUGUGGGCUGGAGGACAUCGAGGAGAAGAGGCCAGCCACGUACGAUGACUUCGUGGUGAUGACCAGGGUGGUCUAUUCCCGGCUGAAGGAGUGCUCAUAUGAUGAUGGGAGAUGGGUGUCCGGCAGGGGCCCUUUGCUGUUGCCGGAGCUCUACAAGCUGUGGACGGAGCACUCCGAGCGCAACUGGAUUGUGUCAAUGGCAGCCUCCGCAGGCAUACCGAGAGAGGAGAGACAGAUGCUCGGGAGGCAGAUGUGGAAGCUGGAGAUGCCGGAAGUUUGGACGCCGGUGGACGUGGACGAUCCGGCACUGCCUGUGGCGGAAAGGUCCCCAGGGGUCGAGACAGAGGAGGUGGCGAAACAAGCGCCGGACCCCCGAGCGGAGGUGCCAUUGGUGCCAUCCAUCAAGGAACUGAUGGACGAGAGGUUGGGGGCCGACGACGUUGGGAGCGAAGAGGACGACAUAGACGUCCAAGGGAAGUUCUUCGUGGCCAUCAACGUCCGCAAUCGCCACAGGAAGCUCCAUAUUUGGGGCAAGUGCGGGACGAAGCCCGGACAGAACUUCGCGGCUUACGAGCCCCACGACAGCCUGAAGGGAGUCAAGUUCAACUCCAUCUGUGGGCACUGCUGGAAGGGCAAAGACCCGACGGAGGCAGAGGACAGCUCGACGACGUCCAGCUCGAGCAAUGUCGACUGA